AUGUAUGUGAAAUGGUUUGAUAUAGUAAUGUUAUACUAUGUGAUUUUAGUGUAUUUAGUGAAUGUCACUUUUUGUCAUUUUCAAAUUUCCCGCUGUUCUGUCCCCGUACGUCCCGACGUCGCAGGGGAUGGAACCCAGAUGACAGAUGCCGGCAUCAGCCGGAGGACAUUGCCGGGGACACUGCAGGAGGGACAUCGCGGUAAGUGAAGAACAGAUCCCGGAGCAACGCCGCAUGGUAAGCCCGAGUGUAGCUCGGGGUUACCGCUUGUGCUACACUCGGGAAUACCGCCAGGAGGGUUA